AUGGAUCUCUUCUUCCGCCGCUGCUCUCAGCUGCAGCAGCUCUCGCUCUACUGCCUCCGCGACGGCGCUGACUUCCCGCCGUCCUUCUUUCACCUCAAGCACCUGCACACUCUCGCUCUCACGACCCCGGCAACCCUAGAAAACCCGGGGUUCAGGAGCCUUUCGUCCCUCACCAACCUGCAUCUCGCCUUCCCGGCAUUCCAUCUGCAGCAGCUAUCCAGCCUGCUUGACCUCCCCAUCGCGCACCUUUCUAUCUUCGCUCUGCAUCAUACCGACCAGCCCGCAGCUCCUUUCAGCAUCGCACUGCUGUCUUGCCUGGAAACGCUUAGAUUCACGAAUUGCACCCCUCCAUUCGACUCAAUGUUUCCACCGGGAUCAACCCCAUGCGCUCGCCUGCAGCAGCUGCUUCUCACAGACUACCAGGAGCUCGAAGGCCCUCCCACCGACAUUGAGGAUAUGCUUCCCUCCCUCCGCAAGCUAGUCAUCCGUGGCUGCCGUAGCUUCACGGAACUGCCUGAAAGCUUGCCCUCUCUGACCCGUUUGGAAGUCUUGGUUAUUUCCGAUGCAAAGUUCCUGUUUGGACUUGCUGACAGCUUGGCUUCGCGAGCUUCCACCUGGUUUCUGCCGCCUUCCCGCACUCAAGGCUCUCUGCAUGAGUGCCUUGGGAAUGUCACACUUCCAGACGACAUUGGGCACCUCACCAGCCUUGCCACUCUUCGCUUCAUCGGCUCCCGUUGCCAGCAGCACCUCCCAGCCUCGUUCACCGCGUUGACUGCAUUGACCAGCCUACAACUGCACGAGUGCGCAACACCUGAGCUUCCAGAUGCGUUGGGGGCGCUCAGUAACCUGACAGAUCUGAGCAUACUGGUAUGCCCCAUCAGCCGUCUUCCAGAGUCCAUCACUCGUCUGAUCCGUCUGGAACGCCUGGCAGUUGUUCUUUGCUCGCGGCUUUCAUGGGUGCCCGGAAGGCUGGAUAGCCUCAAGAGGCUGAAGCAGCUGCAGCUGACAUACUGUGAAGGGCUGAGUCACCCUCCUGCCAUUCUGCCGCGCUCUCUCGAGCUCCUAAGCAUUCCAUGGUCCGGGAACCAGCUCACUGCACUGGCAGACGUCUCUGUGCUGUCCCAGCUGAGGGAGGUGGAGCUGCAUGUGGGUGGGGGAGGGCAAGGGCCAGGAGCAGCAAGCUGCCCUGCCAGCCACCUGCAGGUGGGAGGGGCACAAAGCUCACUGAGCAGCCUUAGCACCGAAGGUCAUUGUUGGAGCAGGGGUGUGUCUCGCCUGCAGCGCUUGGCCCUGCACCUGGAAAACGCUGCUGUAGAGCUCCCCUUCCCCUUCACCUUCCUCCCUUCCCUGUGCCGCCUCACCAUCUCGGGACAUGGCAUCAGGAGCCUCCCUGGAAGCAUUGGGGCAGCGUUUCCGCAGCUGCGGCAGCUGAAGCUGGACAAGGUUUCAUCGCUGGAGGAGGUGCCAGGCAGCAUUGGGGAGCUCCGGCAACUCACAGCCUUGGAGAUCCACGCGCCCAAACUGAAAACUCUCCCUCAAACCAUUGCUGCGCUGUCCCGGCUGCGCACGCUUGAUCUGUCGGAAUGCCGAGAGCAGCAGCAGCUGCCGGCUUCUAUAACGCGCCUCGCCUGCCUGCAUGAUUUGGAUGCAUCUUCCACAUCCAUCUCCGUGCUUCCUGCUGGCUUUGCGCACCUCACCAGGCUGAGGAGCCUUUCCCUGAAAGGCUGUCGGGAGCUGCAGGGUUUCCCAGAGGAUUUCACGCAGCUGGCAGCUCUGCGGUAUCUGUUGUUAAGCGGUUGCCGGGAUGACUGCCGUGACAUGGCCUGGUUGAGGGCGCAUGGCCUUGCAAAACUCCGUUCGCUGCUUGUGAUGUUGUAG